AUGAUAUGCGACGAGGCUUUCAUAUCUUCGUCCCUAGAUAACACGUCAAGCGAAAACGUAGUCAGUUCGUGGCAUGCUGACAUACAAUCUGCAGUCCAGCAUCACACCGACCAUAAGUCACAAUUGUGGUCAAAAGAAAUCCAGUUGGAUGUUUGUGAUAGAUUUAGUCUUUCAACACUUUUUGAUUUUUUGAAUAUGAUCCGUAAUUUGUCGUCCACUCACAUAAAGAACCAUCCUACGUCAUCUGGCUCACCAGUGGACCACACUUACUUGAGUCUCCCUUCCAGUGUUUGUUUGGACAAAACUUCACUGACAUUGCAUUAUCCUCUCAGUGAUUAUGGCUCUGUGCAUGAUAUUCUACGUAAAAAAGGAGGUGGUUUGAGCGAAAAACUGGUAUGCGCCAUUGUAGGUCGGGUAGUAUUGUGCCUUGAUCAAUUGCAUAACAGUGGUUUACUUCAUCGAGGUUUAUGUUCGAAACAUUUACUUUUUAAAAAAACGUUAGAUCCUAACUCAAAGUCUCAUAAAGUAAGUGUGGUCCUAUGCGGCUUAGGAAGUAUGGCUCAGCUACCACCGUCCUGGAGUACCGUGGCGCGAAACGAUCUACCCUUCCUUUAUGUUGCAUGGCGUGGUUGGAGGUUGCAUGAGUCGUCAGAUGAUGAAUCAUUUAGUCAUCCAGUAGCAUGGUACAGCCCGGAGUUAUUGGCACAGGAUUUUACUGGAUACUCGUGGUCCUCAGAUAUAUACAGUUUAGGUCUCAUUUUGUACGAAAUGUUCACUGGUCAACCGCCAUAUACAGGAUGCCCCCCUUCUCUUAUAUUUCUGAAGAAAAUGCUUCAGCUGGAUUUCCCCCAACUUCACCAUAAUGAAACUAAUCCGCCUAGUGCUGAAAUGGAAGCAAUCUAUAAAGCUUGUACGAAUUAUGAUCCAAAACAACGUCCAUCUACAAAAGAUUUACUAAAUAUGCCGUGGAUACAAAAUGGUUUAAACACAGUUAUUACAACUAGCGAAUUAGAUUAUUUACAUUGA